UCCAUCCGUUUUCCUAUCGCGGUUCCAUAACAUUUGGAGCGAGCGGCCGCGACAUAAAGUGACAUUUUCUUCACAGAAAAUAAGCUAGAAGCAGUCGGAAAAACUAAACGAGCAUGAGAAGAAGUGAAAGACACAAGUUUAUCAAGAUAUCCGUGUUUUUCCUGGUUUAUUCAAUAAUUCAAGUUGUGUCCCCGAUCAAAAAGGAUAAUGUACCAACAGAAUCUCCACCAACGAUUCCUGCUACACUUAAACCGCCUGAAGAAAAAGUAUCUUCUCUACCUGGAACAGCGACACCACCUAAGAUAGACGAAACUUCAAAAGUAGCAGAUUUGGAAAAUAAACCGAAACAGCACGAAGCUAGUAAAAAUGAGCAAAAUAGUAACAAAAAGACCGCGGAAACUAAAUCAAAUUCGGAAGAAAGAAACGAAGAAGUUGGUAGAACCGUAAAAAAUGUUAGUACUAGUACUAGCACUAACGCCACUAAUGGACAAAAAGAACCUGUUGGGACUGAAGCUACUGAACCAGAACACACCCAGAACAUCACUGCAACGCCAACGAAUGUAACCAUCUCUAAGAAUGUAACUACUGAAUGUACACCUGCAGCUAUACGACAGUUUCCUAGGCCCCUGAUGCCUCAAAGGAUCAGGAAGCAUGGUGGUUUGAUUCUACAUACUAUUGUAGCUGUCUAUAUGUUUAUUGGCCUGGCCAUAGUAUGCGACGAAUAUUUUGUGGCAUCUUUAGAUAGAAUAUGCGAGGAACUGAAAAUGUCUCCAGACGUUGCUGGAGCAACUUUCAUGGCAGCUGGUAGUUCUGCUCCUGAACUAGCAACAGUUAUAAUUGGUGUGUUCUAUGCGGAGGACGAUAUAGGCAUAUCCGGCGUUAUUGGAUCGGCAGUGUUCAAUAUCAUGUUCGUGAUAUCCGUUUGUGCACUUUCUACAGGUGCCGUAGUGUACUUAAAUUGGUGGCCUCUGGUUAGGGACAGUUUUUUCUAUGCAAUUUCUAUCUUAAUGAUGUUGGCCGUCAUUGGAGACAAGGAUGUGAAUUGGUUAGAAUCGACGGUAAUGCUUGUCACCUACUUCAUCUACUGCAUAGUGCUGCAUUUCAAUACGCCCCUGGAAAAAUGGGCCCAAACAUGGCCAGUGCCGUUCAAGACCGUCGCACCUAACGAACAAUCGGGCCUGGUUAGUUACAAAACUCUGGAAGAACAAAGACAAAAGCAUACUAACUAUGGAAUGGAAUGGAACGAAACCAACGAGCAAGAACAGCAAGCGCAACAGCCUCAACAAGAGUCCUCUCCGCCCGCAUGGAACCCUGGUCAAGAUUGGAGUCCGGAGAAACAGGCUCCACAAGAGACAUUCCAACAGCAACAGCUCAGUGGACCAGUACUUAAUCAAGUUUCCAACGAUCCUGUUCUACCGCAACCUCUACCCUCAGGACCUGUUCAACACGAUUACUACAGACCUAAAGAGUUCGAUCCCACCACCAAAAUAAAUCCUCUAGUAAAACCUGCAGAUGAAGCUGGACAAUGGGCUAGAAUCAAAUGGACCGUUCUCUACCCUAUCCAUUUCUUCUGUAUCUACACCAUGCCAGAUUGUAGAAGCGAAAAGUACAGAAAUUGGUACCCGUUCACGUUUUUUGUUUCCAUGGUGUGGAUAUCUUUCUAUUCCUAUUUUAUGGUGUGGAUGAUAACAAUUAUAGGAUACACUUUAGGUAUACCGGAUACAGUAAUGGGUUUGACGUUCGUAGCUGCGGGUGUGUCAGUUCCUGAUGCCCUGUCUAGUAUAGCAGUUAUAAAAGAAGGAUAUGGUGAUAUGGCUGUGUCAAAUGCUAUUGGUUCCAACGUUUUUGAUAUACUAGUCUGCCUAGGUCUUCCUUGGUUCAUUAAAACAGCUUUAGUUACACCGGGAGCACAUGUAAAAGUCAUCAGUAAAGGACUGAUGUAUUCUACGUUCUCUCUACUAUCCACCGUGGCGUUUUUGGUAGUCGCCAUCCAUUACAACGGUUGGAAACUGGAUAGGCGUUUUGGUAUAGUACUGAUGGUUUGGUACUUGGUUUUUAUUACGUUUGCAAGUCUGUACGAAUUGAACGUGUUUGGUAACCUAAAUCCUCCCGAAUGCGUUACAGAUUACUAAAACACUAACAUUUGUAUUAUUGUUAAUACAAUUGAUAACUGAAAUUAUUACGAAAGAUUAUAUGUAUGCGAGUGGCAGUAUGUCAAUUUUUAAAAUCCAAAUUAUGGGUUUGAUAAGAAAUUUUAUUUAAUUACUUGAUUUUAAACAGAAACACAUUCUUGAGAAUUAAACCUGAAAAUAGUUUUAAACAUCAACAGCGAAA